UCUCUCACAUCCCAACGAGAUUACUUCUCUCUUUCUUUCUCUCUCCCCUCUGUCUCUUCUCUUUCAACUCUCCGUCCUCUCCCAGUACCUAGGGUUUCUUUGUUUGCCCACUGCCUAAAUCCUUAAACCUUCACCUGUCUCUCCACAAUUCUUCCUUUUCUCUGAACCAUAACAAAGAAAAUACCCUCGGAUAUCCCAUCUUACUACUCAGAAAGAUCACAUUUCAUUCACAUUUGACCCUCAUUUUUUUUUAAAUAAAACGAAAACCCUUUCAUGGCCAAGACCAAACCUGGGAAAAAGGACCUUGAUUCCUACACUAUCAAAGGCACCAACAAAGUUGUUCGACCUGGUGAUUGUGUGUUGAUGAGACCAUCAGACUCAGAUAAGCCACCAUACGUGGCACGCGUAGAGAAGAUCGAGGCCGAUCAUCGGAACAAUGUGAAGGUUCGAGUUAGAUGGUACUAUCGGCCGGAAGAGUCAAUUGGAGGGAGGAGACAAUUUCAUGGAGCUAAGGAGCUCUUUUUAUCAGACCAUUAUGAUGUUCAAAGUGCCCACACGAUUGAAGGAAAGUGUAUAGUUCACACUUUCAAAAACUAUACUAAGCUUGAAAAUGUUGGUGCUGAAGAUUACUUUUGUAGGUUCGAAUAUAAGGCUGCCACUGGUGGCUUCACCCCAGACCGUGUGGCAGUGUAUUGUAAGUGUGAGAUGCCAUACAACCCGGAUGACCUCAUGGUGCAAUGUGAGGGAUGCAAGGAUUGGUUUCAUCCUUCCUGCAUGGGUAUGACCAUUGAAGAAGCGAAAAAAUUGGAGCAGUUUUUAUGUUCUGAUUGUUCGUCAGAGGAUGAUGCCAAAAGAUCUUUGAAUGCAUUCCCAGUGUCGCCGUCCCUUGAGGCAAAGGUGGAACCCAAGCGUAGGAAGAGAUAACCGUUUUCACAACGCAGAAUGAGGAGGUACUGAUUUUCUUGCACAUUAGCUCAAGUAUUGUCGUUCUUGUUUGUGUUGUGGAAUUGUACAGUGCAGAGAAGAUACUAAGUUUGCACAAACCAGAGAGGCUUCUUUCAUGAUUUGCCAUGUUCUCAUGUUUGUAUGUGUGGUCAGACUUAGGAGAUGAUUUUUUGUGGUCAACAAUGUGCCUGUGCGUGCACAAUCUCUGCAAAAUGUCAUCUUAAUAUAAGCUGUGAACCAUAACAAUGACGCAAACUUAAAAAUUGGGAAACUUUUGGUUCUUUUGAUA